GUGGAAAUCACGUGGGUGGAGCUCCACAAACCAUUUCCCCUCAUCCAUUUCACGGUCCUCGUCCAUCGUCAUCCAUUUCUUCUCUCUCACUAGCACACAGUGGGAAAUCCAAUCUCCCUAAUCUACAGUAAUAUUAUCUUCCAUUGUUUUCUUCAAUGUCUGGUGUACUUCAAACUCUCACCGUCCCUCGCUAUGCCGGUUUUCCAGCGACUACUUUGGCUCCGAUUUCGUGUUCCUCGGUCUCUGUACUUUCCGGCAACCGUCAAUCGGUCAUGUUACCAGAAUUUAGAGGAUUGAAGAUCCAGUUGAGUUCUUCGACUCGCUCUUUUCAAUCGGUGAGUUCGAGUUCGAGCUCGAGACUCGUUCGUCGUGGCGGACGAAUCGCGUGCGAGGCUCAGGACAUUGACCUGCAAGUUCCUCCCGUCACUGAUGCAACAUGGCAGUCACUUGUACUAGAGUCUGAUUCUCCUGUUCUGAUUGAAUUUUCGGCUCCAUGGUGUGGGCCGUGCCGUAUGAUCCACCCUAUUGUUUCUGAAUUGGCAAAGGUUUAUGCUGGUAAACUAAAAUGCUACAAGGUAAAUACUGAUGAGUGCCCCUCAAUUGCAACCAGAUAUGGGAUCCGAAGCAUCCCGACUGUCAUGAUCUUCAAGGAUGGAGAGAAGAAAGAUGCAGUUAUUGGUGCGGUUCCCAAAUCAACACUGACCACCAGCAUAGAAAAAUUCUUGUAGUCGUCGUAAGUAUAUAUAUUCCUUCCAGAAAUGACGAUCUCUCUCUCUCCUUCCUUUUUUUUUUUUUUUUUCUUUUGGGUAUUUGUUUCUUCUUUCUCUAGCUUGUUGUGUUGGAAGUACUAUGCUCCACAGUAAACACAAUGUGCUCAUGUAUGGUUAUUGGAUGUUGCUACUUCCUGUUUGCCUUUAGAUAUUAUGUUGCUAUACUUUGAUAAUAUGAGGUCAGCAGAUGUACCAAUUUAGUUA